UAUUCAUGAAUCCACGCUUCGCUCCAAGACGCGGCGAGAACUUAUAUUCCUCGCGCCCUCUCCAAUUUAUUAACAAUAGAAACCCUAUUUCCCCUCCAUGUUCCCUAUUUCCCCUCCAUGUUCCCUAUUUCCUUGUAACCGCUCCACCUCUUCACCCAAUUCUGAUUUCGUUGUUGACAAACAGGUGCAUAAGCCUUCACCGCUUAGGAUCCUCUCGCUCCUUGUUCCAAUCGCUGUUCUCAGGCUCCAUCUCUGUUCGCUGGUCCAGCUCUGUUUCUGCUCGCCAAAAAUCUCCCUUUGCACUGGGUUUUCUUCCUCAGUGGAAGGCAGCGUGGUCGUCUUUUCGUUUGAGGAGGAAGUUCGAAGAGGACAGUAUUGGGUUUGUGCGUUAUUGGCUUGAAGGCAAGCGUCACCUGUUGUUGGCUUCUUGGUGUUAUCCUGAAUUUAAGGACAAGGGGUUUAAUAUAUCUUUUCUUUCUUUCUGGAGUUGUGUAUCUUGGUACUUUGAUCCUGACGUAAGAAUUCAAGUACUCAAUGAUGGAUAAAUCUUGGAUUAAAAAGCCACGAAAUUCAGCUGAAUAUAUUACAGGACUAAAUGGUUUUCUCGAUUUUGCAUUUGAACACAAUUCCAGUUUGAAUACAAUAAUCUGUCCUUGUGAUAAGUGUGGUUUUAAUAAGCGGCUCACGAGAGAUUAGGUGCUUGAUCAUUUGUUAUGCAAACCAUUUCCGGAUGGUUACACAUUUUGGUAUCGUCAUGGGGAGACAAGAGAAAAGGAAUCUGCCGUUAGAACACCAAUAAUAGAAGAGGGCCCUCAUAAUGAAGAUCCAAUUCAUUGUAUGAUAAAUGAUGCUUUUGGGAUCUCUAAUCACAUGAAUGAAGAACCUGAAGUGCGAAACGAAGAAUGCAGUGGGGAUGACAACGCAAUUCCAGAAUUGAAUCAGGGAAUACAAGGUGAGGCCAAGGAGUUUUAUGAGCUACUUAAAGAUGGGGAGAAAGUUUUGUAUGAUGGAUGUACAAAAUAUACAAAACUUUCCUUUUUAAUUAAGUUGUUCCACAUCAAGAGCCUUUGUGGUGUUAGUGACAAAGCUAUGGAUAUGAUUAUUGAGUUGUUGCACGAUGCUUUUGAACAAGCAAAUAUACCAUCGUCUGGUUAUCAAGCGAGAAAAACCGUUGACAAGCUUUGCCUUAAUUACACUAAGAUACAUGCAUGUCCAAAUGAUUGCAUGUUGUAUUGGGGGGAGGAUAAAGAUAAAGAGAAGUGUAAAGUAUGCAAUGCAUCAAGAUGGAAGAUUCCCAAAAAAAUGGAAGUGUCGGUAUAUAUGUACUUCUUAAGAGGAGGAAGAUACCUGCAAAAAUUCUACGAUACUUUCCUUUGAUCCCUAGGUUGAAAAGAUUAUUCAUGUCUUCAAAAACUGCUGAAACCAUGACAUGGCAUGCUAAGGAAAAUAACAAUGAUGGUAUGAUGAGGCAUCCUAGAGACUCUGAGGCCUGGAAGCAGUUUGAUUUGGCACAUCCUGAAUUUGCUAGAGACCCUCGAAAUGUACGCCUUGGCUUAGCAAGUGAUGGGUUCAAUCCCUUUGGCUCAAUGAGUAAUAGCUAUAGUAUUUGGCCAGUGGUACUUAUUCCUUACAACACCCCACCGUGGACUUGCAUGAAGUCAACGAAUUUCAUUCUUUCAAGUAUCAGUCCUGGGAAGCGACAAAUUGGAAAUGAUAUUGAUAUUCAUUUGCAACCACUUAUCUUAGAGUUGAAAGAAUUGUGGGAAAAUGGAGUGGAGACAUAUGAUGCCUCAAGAAAUGAAAUAUUCAUUAUGCGAGCUUGCCUUUUAUGGACCAUAAGUGAUUUCCCUGGCCUUGGGGUUUUAUCUGGAUGGAACACAUACACUGGGCUAGCUUGUCCUGUUUGUAACUUUGAUUCAGUUCCUGUUCGUCUUCCAUAUAGUAAAAAGUCGUGUUUUAUGGGACAUCGUAGGUUUUUGCCUACCGGACAUCGAUUUCAGAAAAGUCAGAAUCGAUUUGAUGGAAGUGUUGAAGUUAGAGAUCCACCAAAAGCAUUAUCUGGUUCAGACAUUUUAAAUCAAGUUAAAGAUAUAAUUGUCACAUUUGGUAAAGAACCUGAACCUGAUCCUGAGUCAUCUAGCAAAAAAAAGAGAACUCGUAAGAAGAAAACGGUUGAUGGGAAUCAAACACAACAAUGGAAGAAGAAAAGCAUAUUUUUUCAACUUCCAUAUUGGGAGUUUAACAAGUUGCGUCAUAAUCUUGAUGUGAUGCACAUUGAAAAAAAUGUGUGUGAUAAUAUCAUUUUUACUUUGUUGAAUGAUAAAGACAAACGAAAAGAUCAUGUGGAUGCCCGAAAGGACUUGCAAGCAAUGGGCAUAAGGAGAGACCUUUGGCCUUUAGAGGAUGGUAAAAAGUGUCCAGCAGCUUUGUUUACAAUGACAAAGGAGGAGAUAAAUCUUAUGCUCAAUAUUUUGAAGGAUGUGAAAGUGUCAGAUGGAUAUUCAAGCAAUAUUUCAAGGUGUAUUGACACUCAUCAAAAUAAGAUUUUUGGGCUGAAAAGUCACGACUCUCAUGUUCUAAUGGAGCAGCUGCUACCUUUAUCAAUAAGGAAUGUGUUACCUCUCCAGGUUUCUACAAUAUUGGUUGAUGUAUGCUCAUUUUUCAAAUCAUUAUGUGCCAAGGUACUUGAUCCUAAAGAUUUGGACAAGCUCAACGAAAGAACCAAACUUACAAUGUGUCAUUUGGAAAUGUUGUUCCCUCCAUCCUUCUUCACUGUUAUGAUUCACCUUAUGGUUCACUUGGUCGAUGAAGCCAAACUUGGAGGACCCGUGCACUAUCGUUGGAUGUACCCUAUAGAGAGGUUUUUGGGAAAGUUGAAAUCUUUUGUGCGUAAUAGACACAACCUGAAGGCUCAAUCGCUGAAGGUUGGAGAUCUGAAGAGAUGUUAACAUUUUGCUCAAGAUACCUAGAAAAUGAGAUAGAAACCAGAUUUAAUCGACCAAGGCGCGUGGAUGAUGAACCUCUUCCAUCUCUUUCAACUUUGUUUCCUUGUAUUGGUAAACAAGUUGGAGCUGCAACCAAUUUCAAUUUAACAUCCAGAGAAAAACUACAGGCACAUCGACAUGUGUUGAUUAACUGUAAAGAAGUUGAACGCUUUAUUCAUUUAUAUAGGGAAUUUAGAUUGAUAACCAAGUUCAAGUUAAGGGAUCGUACAAGCUCAUCAAGCGAAAUAGAAAAGGCAGUUCAUCGAGGCAUUGUUAGUUGGUUUUAUGAUCGUAUCAUAAAUGAUUCCAAUGAAUCACACUCUAAUGAUCUUCGUGCACUUGCUCGAGGCCCGCUUCAACAAGCAAGGAGGUUCAAUGCAUAUAAUGUAAACGGAUACAAGUUUCGAACCUUGCAACGAGAGGAGUUGUUGAAAACACAAAAUAGUGGUGUAUAUUGUAGCUUUGGAACUAAAAGCUAUGCAAGUUCUAGCGAUAAUAGGCCAAGAGAAGGUUUAGUUCCUUAUUAUGGGAAAAUAGUUGACAUGAUUGAACUAAACUAUUAUGGCCGAUUUGCGGUGACUUUAUUCAAAUGUUAAUGGGUCAAUACUACACACUUUAGACAUGUGAAGAAAGAUGCAUUAGGUUUCACCUCAAUCAACUUUUCUCAUCUGAUUCAUACUGGCGAACGGGAAGAUGAUGAGCCGUAUAUUGAGGCUUCUGAAGCUCAAUUGGUUUAUUUCGUGGAGGACAAAAAGGACAAAGGAUGGUGUACCCCGGUACAUAUAAAACCAAGAGACCUUUAUGAUAUGGGCGAAGAUGCUGAAGAUGCCAUAUAUGAAAGUGAACCUUUUCAACCACAAGACUUAGCCAUGGGUUGGCCUGAGGGCAACAUGGAUGUACAAUUGUCAAGGCCUGGAUUGAAUGUAGAAUUUGACUAAUUGUAUGGCAUCAAACAACAAUGAUCCUGAUUUGCUUGAUGCUGACUUGGACACUGAUACAAUACACUCAGACCAUGAAACUGAAGUCCAAUGUAAUGAAGAAGACAGUGGCCGGUCUUGGACAGUUCAAGUGAUAGAUUCACAAGGGAAUAUUAAAGAAAAGGAUUUAAAGGUAACAGAAGUUUGGAAGCUCCCUCCUGGUGAAAAGGUAAUAAUUCCUUUUGAUGGAGCUGUACCAAUGGGAACAAAAGUUGAUGGCUUAUUGGGAGGAUGCCUUGGUGUAUUGUCAAGGGACUUUGUAGCCUUUCCCAUACGCUAUGAGAAUUGGCCGGCUGUUUCAAAGGUUAAGAAAGAUGCAGCAUGGGAUAAUACUAUUAAGGAAAAAUUUUAUUGGGAUGAACGUUUUGAAGAUGCUGCACGUUCUUACAUUAUGAAGGACAUUGGGAAGAAGUGGAGGAGUUUUUGACUUAGAUUGUAUGCAAAAUACUAUCGCAAGAAGAAAAGUUUUGAAGAGAAUAUUGCUAACCCUCCACUUUCAAUUCCUAAAGAUGAUUGGGCUGAGUAUCUUAUUUACCGUUCCAAACGGAAGACUAAGGAAAUGUGUGAAAAAAACCAAAAGAAUAGAAGCAAACUCACUAUUAAUCACACUGGUGGAUCAAAGAAGCUUAAGAGAAGAAAAUAUGAAAUGGAGGCAAAGACAAAUAAAGAAAUUAGCAGAGGAGUUUUAUAUGUUGAAACUCAUAAGAAGCAUAAUGGGUCAUUUAUUAAUGAAGAAGCACAGACUAUAUGUG